GCCCCUGAGAGGUGCCCCGGCGGCGGCCCAUCCUCUUCUUUCCUCGCACAGCCAGGCGGCCUCUGCUCGAGGCCCGCGUCGCCAUGGCCGCGGUUCCCGAGUUACUGCAGCAGCAGGAGGAGGACCGCAGCAAGCUGAGAUCUGUAUCUGUGGACCUGAAUGUUGAUCCCUCACUUCAGAUUGACAUACCUGAUGCACUCAGUGAGAGAGAUAAGGUCAAAUUUACAGUGCACACCAAGACCACAUUGCCUACGUUUCAGAGUCCAGAGUUUUCUGUUACAAGGCAACAUGAAGACUUUGUGUGGCUACACGACACUCUUAUUGAAACAACAGACUAUGCUGGGCUUAUUAUUCCACCCGCGCCUACAAAGCCCGACUUUGAUGGCCCUCGAGAGAAGAUGCAGAAGCUGGGAGAAGGUGAAGGGUCCAUGACGAAAGAAGAAUUUGCCAAGAUGAAGCAAGAACUGGAAGCUGAGUAUCUGGCUGUCUUUAAGAAGACUGUGUCCUCCCAUGAAGUCUUUCUUCAGCGACUUUCUUCUCACCCUGUUCUCAGUAAAGAUCGCAACUUUCAUGUUUUCCUGGAAUAUCAUCAGGAUCUAAGUGUCAGGCGGAAAAAUACCAAAGAGAUGUUUGGUGGAUUUUUCAAAAGUGUGGUGAAAAGUGCUGAUGAAGUCCUUUUUUCUGGAGUUAAGGAGGUAGAUGACUUCUUUGAGCAAGAGAAGAACUUCCUUAUUAAUUAUUACAAUAGGAUCAAGGAUUCCUGUGCAAAAGCUGACAAGAUGACCAGAUCUCAUAAAAAUGUUGCUGAUGACUAUAUCCACACUGCAGCCUGCUUGCACAGCCUGGCUUUACAAGAGCCCACAGUCAUCAAAAAGUACCUAUUGAAGGUUGCUGAGCUAUUUGAAAAACUUAGGAAAGUGGAGGGUCGAGUCUCUUCAGAUGAAGAUUUAAAGCUGACAGAGCUUCUCCGAUACUACAUGCUCAACAUAGAGGCCGCUAAGGAUCUCUUGUACAGACGCACCAAGGCCCUGAUUGACUAUGAGAACUCAAACAAAGCUCUGGAUAAGGCCCGGUUAAAAAGCAAAGAUGUCAAGUUGGCUGAGGCACACCAGCAGGAAUGCUGCCAGAAAUUUGAACAGCUUUCUGAGUCUGCAAUAGAAGAACUGAUCAAUUUUAAACGGAAGAGGGUGGCUGCAUUUAGAAAGAACCUAAUUGAAAUGUCUGAACUGGAAAUAAAGCAUGCCAGGAACAAUGUCUCCCUCUUGCAGAGCUGCAUUGACUUGUUCAAGAACAACUGAUCUGCCUUCACUCUGAAGGAAAUGAAUGUGAAAGAAAGCCAGCAUCAUUUGCACUUAAAUCAUUACUAUGGAAGAUUUAUUAGCUUUGAUUUCAGUUUAAAAUUGUGAAUAAAUGUUUGAUUUCUAAAAAUCUUAACACUUAACCAUGUUUGUUUAAAAAUAUUUUUAUUGCAUGCCAUUUAGACAUAACUAAUCUUUUCUUUGUGCAUUUAAUACCUCAAAGUGGGCAGAAUCUAAAUAAUGGGUUGUCUGUAGUUUGUCUUUACUUACUAAGAAAUAAGGAAGAGUGUAGGAGACAUGUGCCUUCUGGAAACAAGUAAAAGCAGUCACCUGGCCCACGUUUGUCUCAUGUUUCAUGUGCCCAUGUCCCUGCAGUUGUCAGGGAGGUGCCAGUUACAACAGAUAAUUCAGCUACUUGUUAUAGGUAACAUACAUUCCAUUCCUUACUUAGGUGUUCUUUUGCUCCCCAUUACUUUUGUGGUUCUGUAGUCAUCUCAAAUGUUUGUACUAUAGCAACAGCAAGAAAAUCUCAUUUAUCUUUUACCUUUGCAGCUCCAUUUUUAUAGUUGGGAUAUUAAGUAUUUGAGGGGAGAGAAGUAUCUAAGGGUAUAUAUAGAAACAAAUAAUAUGGCCUACUUUAGAAGGUGGCCAGUUCUACAUUAAAAAAGAUGUGAGCUAGUCAAGGGUUUGGAUUUCUGUACCAGCCAGUUGACCAAAAGAAAAAAAAGUGAGUUCCUUCCCUAAUGGUAGUGAGAAGGAGUGGUGAGAAUUAAUGUGUUUGUGCUUUUGUUUUUUAUAAAGUAUAUAAUAAAAUAAUAAAUCAUGC